AUGACGAGGGUUGUCGCCGGUGGCGUUACGGACGACGCACCUCAACGGAUCGUGGCCUCCGAGAUUAGCUCCGCUGUCUGCACAAACGAGGGCCAGCCUGGGGAAUACACAUGUCAGCCGGGCAGCUGGAUCAACCCGGCAAUUAUGGCCGUCUACUUAUUGGUCGCCAAUAUACUGCUCGUCAACCUCCUCAUCGCCGUAUUCAACAACAUCUUCAUCGAGGUGAACGCCAUCUCCCAGCACGUGUGGAAAUCUCAGCGGUUCACGGUGGUGAUGGAAUACGAGCAGAAGCCGCUGCUGCCGCCGCCACUGAUCGUGUUGUCGCACGUGCACCUCGCCAUCAAGUGCGGCGUGCGCUGGUGGAAAGGCAAGAGCCGCACCUUCGACCACGGACUCAAGCUGUUCCUGGAUGAGCCAGACAUCGAACGUAUUCACGACUUCGAGCAGGAGUGCGUCGAGGGCUACUUUCGCGAACAGGAGACUCAGCAGCAGAUGACCACCGAGAACCGCGUGCUCACUACCACUGAGAGAGUGGACGCCAUGUCGCAGAGGGUCGAGGACAUCCACCAGUGGGAAAUGAAGGCCAGCGCCACCAUCCAGGGCUUGGACAUCCGGAUGACGCAGCUCGAGCACAUCGCGGAGCAGAUCUCCACGUCACUACAGCGCCUGCUCGAGGCGGAGGAGCUGGACUUCGAAGACAGCCGCAGUCCGUCGGCCGAGAGCGACCACUCGGCGAGUCCGCCCGAAUACGAGCCCAGGUCUCCGUCGCCACCGCCUCCGCAGCCUCCGCAGUCCCCAGCACCAGCAGACCUGAGCUCCGACACUAGCAGGAGGCCAGAAGAGACUGCGCCGGUGUCUCCCAAGAGGCCAGUCAUGGUCGCGCUGUCGGCGCCCGACGGCACGUCUGUGGCACCGCCGGACCUCCUCGUACGGCAAGGCUCCGGCAGGCGGCGCGGUGGUUCCAUCCGAAGGAAGACGGCCCACCAGCGGCUCAGCCGACAGCUCACGGUAGCCACCAACGAAGUGCUCGACAUGGCUUCACAGAAGCGGAAGAAUCUGCAGCGCUGGCAGAGCGUCUGCCAACCUGACGUUGGCGGUGGCAGUGACAUACUGCAGCAACACCAGGCCUCUGGCAGGCCUAGCCGUCUGGAGCGUGGCAUGUCGUGCGUGAGCCGAUGGACCGAGCCACGACCGGCCAGUAGCAGUUCACGAGCUCCCUUCCUGUCGGCUCUGCGCGGCGAAUACACGAGCAUCACGGACGAGCUGGAGAGCACGGCGUGUCUGCUUCCACCUCCGGAGAGUCCUACUUCGCCGGCACCGACUCCCAUGGUGGCAGCUAUUGCGGCUGAGACGGAGAUUCUGAGGGACGCUGAGGCGGCCGACUACCAGAUGAUGGGUGGCAUCAUCCAAAGGCGCCUCCAAGGAGAAGAAGCCGCUUCGCUCGAGGAACUCAGUGACUUCGCCGAGGAGUCGUCGGACGUCGAGGAGAUCGUGGGCACCGGCUCGCGGCGCCUCAUGAUUCGCGUCACACCCGCGCCCGAGGACGACAACCAGCGAAGGAGGGCUAGCUUACCCAGCGGCGGCGAGGUGCCCUGACGGCGGCGUGACCGCAACCUUCUCUCGUCGGGCCGGUGCGAGCAUGCGUAUAGGUUUUCACACAGCGUAGAUCUACCUUUAUCUAGAGGGCGUCCUUAACUACCACGUUUAAGGUUCGCGAAAUGUUUAGCCCUGUAGGGUUUCUUCCCGCAGCAGCGAUAUGAAGGUAGAAUGCGUAGACAAGAGCUAGUAUUUCAUUAAGGUUCGUUCGGCUGUGACGAGUUCAUGAAGGUUUCUGGCGGUCUUUCCAAAGCACAUCUCACAUUAUGCAAUUAAUUAACCAGAAGGAAAGGAACGGAAAGUCACUACCAAUACACCAUCACCGACUGUCAAUACAGGACCAAGUCUGGCUCAACUGCACAUUUCAAAGGCUGCCCUUUCGAUUGAUAAUGCAAUAAUGGCGCUUGACGUACAGAACAAGGGUGUUAUCGAUGCAGCCACGCAUGUUUUUAUUCCCGGCACGCUUUGCGCAUAGUCAGCAGUGCGACUUCUUCCUGAAUAUGAGGUGCGUAUGCGUGGGAUAACUAUUUUUCGUCGGCGAGAGUGAAAUGAACUCUUUAGUGACGAGCGUUUGAGUGACAACCGCAUAUCAACGAUGUGGCCCUCAUUUGUAAGCACGCAUUAAUCUCGGGGGUGGUUAUGUACAGAAGUAGCGUUAGCGCAUUGUAGUCUUCUGCUUGUCUGUCUUCUUGUAUAGGAUGCUGUCUUUUUUUCGGUGUAGGUAUACGUUGUCUUCCGCUUUGCAAGGCAGCUAAGGAUUUAUGUGUAAGGUGCAGUCAGGAUUGUUCAUGAACCAUAAUCUACAUCCGUAUUUUUCGGAGCGGAUGACUCAGUGCAGACGAGUACUUGUUGUAUUCUCUGCAACUUUUAUCGCAGCAGGGUUUUUCAUUGUUUUUUUCUGUACGAUAGUAACCGUUUUGAACGUAUUCGUUUCGCAUUGUAGACUUACAACUGACUAUCAUGACCAGUCAGUGACUGUUAUCAGCCUUUCGUUUUCAAUGAGGAAAAAAGUAGCUCACAUUUCGUUACGAAAUUGCCGGUACAGGUACUCUGCAACCGAGCAUUAUCAUGAACUUAACCUCUAGACAUGACGUCAAAUACGUCACCAAUCAUGCGCCUCGAAUUUGGGUGCUCGAAUACCAAGUGCUCAUGUUUACAUCUAAGAGGAUAUCGAUGUUGCUGGUACCGGUAGUCGCAAUCACUGCUGAACAGCUAGCAUUCAAGAUAUGAUAGAAGGGUUCGUUAGUUAAAAAGGCAGAGUGAAAGUUAGAUAAUUGUGAACGUUAAGGUAUAAAUAAGGUAUUCAGCCAACGCCUUAACAUCAAAGGUACUUAUCAGAAAACAGCCAUUUAUCAGCGUCGGGGAGUAGAUUGUUGCCUCAUGUUACGGGUCUCGUAAGCUAGAUAGAAGACGAAAAGAAAGGAGGCACGUGAUACCACUCAGCAGUAAGCUGGUUACUAGUAGCCGCAAAACGGUUAAUGGUCACAUGUGGCUUACCGAUACCAGCAUUAUUUUGUGAGAGUUUAGAAGCUAGCUUCUUUCUCAUAUGUGUCGAAUAGAAAUGCGUCAUUACGUAAUUAAAAAAAAUAUUUUCAGAGUUCAUCGUUGAAGACAUACAGUUAGCUUGUAUUUAGUGGUUGAAGUAAAAUAUUCUUUAGGCGUCUGCCAGCGCCAGUUCAUCAGCUCAUAAUGAAACCUUUUGAGACAUAUCUCUAUGGCAGGAGCGAUCGUUGCGAUCAGUUGCGUCAGUGAUUAAAGACAGACAGGAAUAACGGUGCGUGUUAGUAAAAUAUCGUGGAAUGGACAGCGCGACUUUCGCAAGGAGAUAAAAUUUUGUAGCGCACAAUAAAAACAAGAUCCGAAGGAACUGAAAGGGACGUUGCGGACAUUUUUCAGUUCCUGUUCUUUUUGUGUGCACUAAAAGUUAACUUAUAUUACCAACAUGCCCAAGGAUAUGUUUUUUUGUAAGCACGUCUUACGAGGGGUUUGUUCCUAUAUAUGCUACAACUUUAGUCUGGCUCACGUCAAACUUACCGCGCGCUGAUUUCGACGUAUGACGUCUCCGUAGCUACAACGUCCCACCGAACCCUUCGUAUUCAUCUGGUUAGGCUAAACUCUCGUUCAUCAGCGUUCUUUUGUGAAACAGUCCUUUUUGAUAUGCUGCAUCAAAGUACCAGGGUUAAAUUGAGACGCGGGGUGAAUGUAUACAGACUACAUUUUUAUUUGUUGUGCGAAGGCAACAGUGCGGCCUUCGGAAAACAUUAAGAGACCACAGUGCACCGAGUUUUUUGCGAGUUAACGGUAAGAUCACGGAUAUUCGCAUGCUCCGAGGAUGCUUGUCACUUUAAGAAAAUACUCUAAAUUGCGUACUGCUGCAAUUUUUCCAGCAGAAUAUUUUACUGAACUUAAAGAAAAGACGGUCCUUAGACUACUGGUUAUAAAUUUCAUACAAGAAAAAAAGGGUUUCUCUGUAUCGGGCAGUUAUUUAGAACAGUUGUUUUGAGUCAAAUCCAGCAGUUUUUUAGAAUGAAGAUUCCGCUUCACUCUGAAUAACUGCUCGAUGGAAUCCAGAAUUUCUCUUUGAGCAGGAAAGUGUCUACAUUAGGGAAAAAAAUGUUGUACAAAAAUGCAGAACGCUUCCAUCUGUUUCUUUGAUAUCGAAGUGUCUGAAAGUCCACGUAAACUGUCAUCGUGGUAAAUAUAAACUCUAUCGCGGGCAGUUCGAGCCUGGAGUAUAAAGGCGUUGACCUCCGUCACUGGGAUUCACUUAGAGACCGCUUUAAGCUGCUGGCAUUUCAGGGUCUGCUCUGCAGCGGCAGGGGGAAACAUUGACUAAAGUGCACGUGCAUUAAUCAGACAAAAUCUUAGUUGUUUAGACAUCUGCACGCGACGUUCUCGAACUGGUGCACCGUGAAUUCGUGCUGAAGGACCGUUCGGGCAGCAUCGUCUAGCUAUUCAAGGCGUUGUAACGCUUCCUCAGAUUACGCGGUUAUCCUCGAUAGUAGUGCCUGCCGCAAUGUCUCAAAUGUGCACCCUAUGUACGCGUGGUGAGCGUAGCCCGUCCUCUUUCGGGCAAAGGCUGCACGUUGUAAUUAAGAGCUGGCGCGUGCUUCCAUCGGUGCUAUAGACAUGUAUGUAUGUAUCUAACCGAAAGAUUUCCGAGUGUCGCAAAAUCCAAUGAGAUUGUAAAGUUUGCCAGAGAGUGUAAAUUGUUUUACGAUAGAAUAGCACCCUUGCACAGCGUAAGUGGAAAGUUCCCGGCACAGAAAUGGGUCCCUAUAUGAUGUUCUGAAUGUUAAUUAUCUGAAGACUGUAGGGGCGGAGGCUGUUGCUGUACUAAGGACAUUUGUGAGUCCGUACUACUAUUUGGUUAUCUAUAUUAGCAAAAGAAAGAAAUAUAGUCGUUCAACCUUCAGAUUACAUUGUCCAGGUCUACUAAAGCGCGUAUAACUGACUGAGCAGACAACGUUAGCUCUAAACAAGCGAUUCACAUUCACAGCGUUCAAAUCGAACGUCACAAUGAAGCCGGUUUUAAAGAAAUAUUAAGCGAACGGGUGUGGAAAAUCGAGAUCGCGCAGUUAUAGUACGUCACGUUUUCACGCGCGGGGCUUCCAGUGUGCAGAUCAUGUGACGCCGCUACAUACGUGGGCAACGCACAAUCAUAUCAUCGUGAGUAAGGCUCAUGCAGAAAAUACUCUGUAGUGAAAAAGAAGUCAGGCGCCGUUGCAGCAGCUCCCAGUCACGUAUUAAGUUCCAAUACAGCAUUUCCUGCUUUGAUUUCGUUCCCAAAGCGGAAUGAGGCUAUCGUCCCGUUGAUGCGGCUCACUCCUCUGAGAUUCUUGUUGUAAGGAUUCUGACAUGACAUCAGAAUCCAUACAUUUAGGGGCUGAUGCUUGCAGAUACGAGCGAGGAGAGCGCUUUCUUGUAUUUCUUGGUAUAUAGUCGCGUAGGAGAGACCAGUAGCAUUCGCUCAUAGCUUCUGCUUUUAGAGUUUAUUGUGCUCGAUGCAUGCAAGUACUGAAAUGAGG